GCCCCGCCCCCGCCGCUCGGACGGCCCGAGUCGCGCCCUCCCGCUCUGCGCUGCCGAACUUGGUCUAACUUCCUCGGCCGACCGGGCCGUGCCGCCGCUGCCGCCGCCGCCGCCGCUGCCGCCGCGCCCGGGUCCUGCUUCUCAGAAGAUGCACUAUUAUAGAUAUUCGAACGCCGAGGUCAGCUGCUGGUACAAGUACCUGCUCUUCAGCUACAACAUCGUCUUUUGGUUGGCUGGAGUUGUCUUCCUUGGAGUCGGGCUGUGGGCAUGGAGCGAAAAGGGUGUGCUGUCCGACCUCACCAAGGUGACCCGGUUGCAUGGAAUCGACCCUGUGGUGCUGGUCUUGAUGGUGGGCGUGGUGAUGUUCACACUGGGCUUUGCAGGCUGUGUGGGUGCCCUACGGGAGAACAUCUGCCUGCUCAAGUUUUUCUGUGGGGCCAUCGUGCUCAUCUUCUUCCUGGAACUGGCUGUGGCUGUGCUGGCCUUUCUGUUCCAGGACUGGGUGAGGGACCGGUUCCGGGAAUUCUUCGAGAGCAACAUCAGAUCCUAUCGGGACGACAUUGACCUGCAGAACCUCAUUGACUCCCUUCAGAAAGCCAAUCAGUGCUGUGGGGCCUAUGGCCCUGAAGACUGGGACCUCAACGUCUACUUCAACUGUAGUGGCGCCAGCUACAGCCGAGAGAAAUGUGGAGUACCCUUUUCUUGCUGUGUGCCAGAUCCUGCGCAAAAAGUUGUGAACACACAGUGUGGCUAUGAUGUCAGGAUUCAGCUGAAGAGCAAGUGGGACGAGUUCAUCUUUACGAAAGGGUGCAUCCAGGCUCUGGAAGGCUGGCUGCCCAGGAACAUCUACAUUGUGGCUGGUGUCUUCAUUGCCAUCUCACUGCUGCAGAUCUUCGGCAUCUUCCUGGCGAGGACCCUGAUCUCAGACAUCGAGGCAGUGAAGGCAGGUCAUCACUUCUGAGAAGCAGCGGCAGCAAGUGGAGCUGAGCCACACAUGGAAGUGAAGCCACCCACAGCCAGACCCCAGUCUUCGGCAUCAGUGUGACGUGACCUCUCUGUUUCUUCUUGCUGGUGCUGAAGACGAAGGCCCCUUCUCAUCUGCCCACACUUGACAUGGCAUCUUUGAAGGGGUUUGCCCAGAGACAGAGAAUGUGUCUUCAUGUGGAGUAGUAACUCUGAGGACAGAUGGCUCCCAUGGCUGCAAGGAGGGCUUGAUGGCCCUCUUGGAGCCCAAGAGCGUCUGCAGGCCCCUACCCACUCAGUAAGGCUUAGGUACAUACAUGCUCAACUGUUAUCUUCUGUGGGUGGAACAUUUGUGUUGGACCAGCAGGUUGAGGACAACUUCUGGCUCCAUUGGAUCAAGAAGCAUGGGGGAGGAGUAAGUGUUCCAGUGGGUUCCUGAGUGCCAGCAGGGUUCAUGGUGGUGCCAACAUGCCACGGGUUUGCAGGGUCCUCAGCCAUGGCCACAUGAAGUAAGCCUGAGCCAGCCAUAACCGGUCCCAGGGAAGCACCUUGCCACUGCCUUCCAAGCCUACACUGCUCUCCCAGGGUAGAUCAGCCUUGUGUCUCCAUAGCAUUAAGCCCUGCUGAGAGCCCGCUCUCCUGUUCUUAAAGCGUGUAAAUAGUUUAUUUAUAGGGGUAAGAGUGUUUCUUCACCAUGGCUUCAUUGCCUCUUCUCUCCAGCAGUCUUUUCUCAGCAGCCUUACCCAGUGUCUGGGACCAAGCUGCCCUUUUCAGUUCCCUGAAUGUCUGAGAACUAGCUGUGACAGCCUCUCCCUCUAGUCCACAUUCCCUCCACGCACCCCUGCUUGGCUUCACUGUCUUCUGGUCUCGGUGCUACUGAAACUGCCACCAGAACUUGAAUCCUGAUUGACCCUUUCUCCCCACUGCCCUCCAGGGAGCCCAAGUUCCUGAUUGCUAGCUGGAAACUGGGUUCCUCUCAUGACCACAUACAGCUAGUGGCCCAAAGUGUGCUGUCCCUGGAGGGCAACACUCUGCAGCCAGGCCCUUGCGAGCCACAGACACCAGGUGCUGUGUGAAGCUCAGCACAACGUCGUCUUCUCACAUCCAUGGUGACUCCUCCACCCAGAUGCCAUUCUUCUGCUGUUGUCUCCACUGUCAGUGCUGUCUGGGGCUGCUCUUGAAAAUGAUGUGUGUCUCAAGUACUGGAUGCUCCUGAGGCAUGCUUGGUGUCUGUCCACCUUGGCCUGGGCUCCUCUAAUGCUUCUCUGUAGCUUGUAUGUGUCCUCACCGUUCAGGGGUUGAGUGCCUACCUUCAGUGACUUGCCGAGGUGUACAUUCUAGUGUGGUGUAUACUGGUGAUACUGGUGGGUGUGUGUUCAUGAUGAUGACGAUGUUAUAGUUUUCUAAAUAAUUCUCUAUAGACUAGAGGAAGAAUGCUUGUGUUUUUAGGAAGUGUGAUGCUUCACUUUGACCUGCCAAACUCUUUUAUGGAAUAUAUCUUUAUAUUAA